AUGAUUGCCCCUACAGAACCCGUCCUGUCCUCCAACUCUGCUGCUCCUUUGACCCAGUUUUCCCCGGCCGUCGAUCAGGAGGCUCUUUUCGAGAAGGUCAUUGUCAUUGUGGGUGGCUCGAACGGAAUUGGCGCUAGUCUUGUUGAGCUUUGCUGUCGCAACAGCGCUUAUGUGGUCAUCGGUGAUAUUGACAAUGCCCGCGGAGAGGCUCUGAGCAGGAAAUGCUUAGAACAAUGGCCUGCUAUCUCCGACCCGGCUAUGCCACCCAAGCCGCCCAGGUCAACCUUCCAGCACGUGGAUGUGACCAACUAUCAACAAGUCGUCGAUCUCUUUGAUCGUGCAUUCAAGACCUACCGGAAGAUUGACCAUGUCGUCGUGACUGCCGGCAGCAUGGAGACCGGGGAGAACUGGUUCGACCAGAAACUGAGUCUGCAGUCCGUUCGACAGGCUCCUUCUACAAAGGAUCUGGAUGUGAACCUUCUCGGUUCGAUGUACGUGACCCGCGUUGCCAGCGUGUACCUCCGUCACAACCGCGGGCCUGGCGUGGACCGUUCCAUCCUACUGUUCUCUUGUGCUGCUGGGUUCAAGGAAACCCCGGGAGUAUCCCUGUACCAGGCAGCGAAGCAUGGCGUUCAGGGUCUAAUGCGGUCGUUGCGACCGUACUUCCCGUCCCCGUACAACCACAACCUCCGCAUCAACACCAUCUGUCCCUGGAUGACCGACUCUCGAACGGUCCUCACCAAGAAGGUGCAUGACCGCUGGGUCAAGGAGGGCCUGCCCGUCAGCACUCCGGAGGAGGUCGCUGAGGUCUCCGCGGGUGUUCUUGCCGAUGACUCGCUCAACGGCACGUCGAUGUAUGUUGAGGGCGGUCGUGCCUGGGAGAUCGAGGCAAACAUUGAUCGCCUGGAAUGUGAGUGGCUGGGAGAGGAGCCUUCGCGGGUUCUAGCCCGGGGACAGAAGGUCCUUCAAGAGGCUUGGGCUGCUUGA